AUUCUUUUGGCUCGCUCCAGGCUGGGAUUGAUGUGUGUACCUGUUUAGAUAUCUACAAACACACAGUUACUACAGCUUCAACGAUUACUACGAACCCAACUUAGACUUCAAUUACGUCUAAUACUAUAAUUACACCCGUAAUACACAUUCAUUCAUCAUGUCAAUCGAUAACGUCGGAGCCUCGCUGGGUAUCUCGGGCUCAGACCCGAAGACGGCGUUGAUGAACCAAGUUCGUCAAGAAGCCGCAUUGAACAACGCCAGGCAGCUGAUUGAGAAACUCAACGAACACUGCUUCGCCAAAUGCAUCCCCAAGCCCGGCUCCUCCUUCAGCAGCGGCGAGCAGCAGUGCUUCACACAGUGCAUGGAGAAAUACAUGUCAGCCUGGAACACGGUUAGCCAGCAGUAUAUCGCGCGGGUGCAGCAGGAGGGCGCGAGGGGGGCUGGUGGGGGGGGGUGUUUUAGAUGGGGGUUUUGUGCCCUGGGGGAUUGA